UGUAUACAUGUUACACAGGUGAAUGACCCAUUUUGUCAUGCAGUUUGUUAACAAAACUUGAACUUAGGACAAUGAGCUCAGACAGAAGUGAUGAACUGUUUACUGUUCGGAGGUACCAGUAUAAGAACGGUGACUUCGAGAUUGAUAUUCCAUGUGUGGAAAAAAUUGCAUUACACCCCUUUAUGGCAUUUUGGGGAGACAAUUCAAAGAUUGCUGAAAGAUUACAAGCAAUUCAGAACAUGGCAAUAAAAGGAGAUGACAUUUUAGUAGCCGCUUAUCCUAAAUGUGGAACUCACUGGGUUUGGGAGAUAGUGAGCAUGAUAAUGAAAGGAAAGGCCGACUACCAAAGAGAUAUUAAAGAAGAGUUAAUGAUUGAAGGAAAAAUUGAUUUGAGUUCAGUUGGCAACGGUGAAGCUUGUCGGUUACUGAAUACUCAUUUCCCGUACAGAUUUAUACCACGAAAGCUGAUUGAAAAUGGCGGGAAAAUAAUCCAUGUCACUCGGAAUCCUAAAGAUAUGUACGUUUCACUGUACCAUCAUGCUAUCAGUUCGGGACUUUUGGGACCAAAAUCUGAAAAUGUGACAUGGAACCAAUACUUUAACGAUUACGUUUUUGGUGAAGUACAGUUUUAUGGUACAUGGUUUGCUUAUGAGAGGGAAAUGUCGAGGGCGAAGAAAGAAAACAAAAACAUUCUCUCUGUACAUUUUGAAAAAUUAAAAUCGGAUCCAGUUACAGAAAUACAACGGUUAGCAGAUUUCAUUAAUAUUCAUGUGACUGACAAUUUAGUAAAAGACAUUGUUAACAAAUGUGAUUUUAAAAACCUUAAAAAGGCGGACAAAGAUGUUAAAUCAAUGGGUCAAGAAAUGAAAGUCCUAAUUGAGGCUAGUACUAAGGAUAAUCCAAGUCUUAAACUUCCGGAAAUUUACAGGAAAGGUUCAGUUGCUGACUGGAAGAAUCAUUUUACAGUCGCGCAGAAUGAAAAGUUUGAUGCAUUAAUUGAGAUCGAGAUGAAAGAUAUUGAUCUAGAUGUCUUCUAUGAGAUUACAAAUACAUAGAAAUUUGUCAUAAUAUACCUUUUUUGUCGGAAAAUGUUCAAUAUAAUAUAAAUUUGUCCAAUGAGUCUUCAACACGGGUUGUUAAGUCAUUUUCGAGCACCGUGUUGGCAAUUCUAAUUUUACUUGUUUUCAUGUUUGAAGCUCAUUUAUGUACAAAUGUCUCGUGUUUCAUGCAAAUUAGUGAAAAGCAAAGUGUAAACUAUUUCAUUUUUUUAUGGUUCAUGUUGAAAUCACCAAUCCAUUUCCCGUCCGUCCGUGCCCAUACCCCCCUUUCACAACCUUCGACAACGAUUUGUAUUGAUACAUAGCAACACAAAUUCAGCUAAAAUAAGUACUAAGUCCUUUACCGUGUUAUGAAAAUGAAAAAAGUUUGAAAAUUCAGUUAGUAAUAAAAAUACAAAAAAAUGGUAUUUAAAUUUUUUAGUUGAGAGAACUAUAAUAUUUAUACUUUGCGAUGACCGAAAUUAAACUUGUUUUAAAAGAUUGUAAAAGAAUAUAUGGUAAUAAUUAAAAUGAAUUAAAAAAAAAAGCUUUU